AUGGGGAGUGCCCACUGGCCUGGCCACGAGCAGGAGGGCAUCGCCCGCAUCCUCGUUCGUCAGAACACGAACAAUACGAUGGCUACUAGGCCCCCAGCACCAGCGACAACGACUCCUACACUUACUAUAUCCCCACCCCCAAGUUCCCGCACAACCCAACCCCCAAGCCCUAGUACGAGCAGUCCACCCCCGCCCCCGAGCACUAGCACAACUCCAUCCAUAAUCACCAGUACGACUGAUUUAUCCCUGCCCUCGAUCUCUAGCACAAGUCGACCCACAAGCUCCAGUGCGAUCAGUUCAACCCAGCCCACGAUCACUAGCACAAGUCCACCCACAAGCCCCAGUACGACUGAUUUAUCCCUGCCCUCGAUCUCUAGCACAAGUCGACCCACAAGCUCCAGUGCGAUCAGUUCAACCCAGCCCACGAUCUCUAGCACAAGUCGACCCACAAGCUCCAGUACGAGCAGUUUAACCCAGCCCACGAUCACUAGCACAAGUCCACCCACAAGCUCCAGUACGAGCAGUCUAUCCAACCCCCCGAACUCUAGCGAAAGCGGAACAUCGUCUCCCAAAUCCUCCAGCACACGCCCAGGCCCAACCUCAGUCCCCUGGGUCGACGAAGACUCUGUGGCACCGAAAGACGCGCGACCUAUCAAGACCACCCACGGCUCCUUUACAGCCAUCAUCUCCAACAACCCUGUCAUCUUGGACUACUCUGGUGAAGUCCUCCCCCUCCGACCCUUGCAAUAUGGUCACACGCCUACCCCGAGUAGCUUUAAAUAUGCCGUGCUUGCAGCACUUGCGGGGGAUGAUCAAAUAAAACCGUUCGGUGACCUUUUGGCGCUAGCGCCAUCCGUCUUUGAAGGCCUCGAUGGAGGUAAGAAAUACUACAUUUUCGCACCCACUGCCGAGUCCAUUGUAGAAUUCCUCAAGGGUCACCAAGACGAACCAAACCGGCAUGUCCGCCGCAAGCAGCUUGUCGACCCCUAUACCAGGCAGCAGUUUGUAGAGAAGCCCGAGGAAGGGCCAGAUAUCAAGGAAGAGUCAAGGACUCUCAGGACGACAUUGGUGGGCGAAACCAAAUACGUGGACCUUGGGCCUGGUGAGGCAGCUCGUGUGGUCUCAAAUCCCGUGCCCGGUGGGGAUGGUAAAGUGAGAAUCACCUCUGGAUUUGGAAAUUCAACAUUGGUGUAUGCUGAGGAUAUACCCUUUGAUGGUGGUGUUAUCAGGAAAUGUGACGGAUUCUUUACCCUUCCGCGUGCGCUUGAAACUGUCUUUGCGAGUACCAAUGGCGGCUUAUGGUCUACAGCACUCGAGAAAGCCGGUAUCUUGAGAGACCUGUCAGAACAACGGAAGGCAACAAUCUUUACCGUGGAAGACGAUAAAUUAGAUGAAGCAAACCUGCCAGGGAAGGCUCAACUAGACCGGCUCAUUCACAAUGGUCUUUCGUACGAGCCUGACUUGAGCAAUGGCACUUGCUUGGGGACAAGGGGUGACAGCUCGUUGAGCAUCAUACGAAAUAGCGAUGGUAUAUUCGUCAAUGGUGUCCGGAUCACCAAGGCAAAUGUUAUUGCCAAGAAUUGUGUCAUCCAUUAUCUAGAGACGAUUCCACCUAUCGGGACAUGUGUUCCAAAUUCUGCAGGCUCAAGGGCGGUCAUACCCAAGGUGGCUACCCUUGGCCUAUCGGUUGCUAGCCUUGCGGCGUGUCUGUUGAUGUAAGGACGCGGACUGGUGUUGGUGGAUGAUGAUGCUGGCGAUACCCUCGAGGCAUGCAACAGUCUAGUUCAGGAGAAUGCCCUAACAAUUGAGGAGGAAACGCCGAACUGUAUAGAAAGUCGAUGCUCUCUGCGCCGGGAUAUCAGGGGCGGGGGCGGGGGCGUGCGGGACAGACGAUGAUAAUGCGGUUGUUAGACUGUCGGAGAAGUUUUACAAAAAUCUAA